UUGUUAUUGUAGACUCAGGUUGGCUGAGGUUGCAUUCUGCUGCUGCUUUAGUGUUUCAACGUCCUGGUUCUGUCCUCCUGUUGCCAUGAAGGCUGUUUUUUGUUUUUAUAACUGGUGGAUUCUCUUCCUCAUUGUUUCCUCCAGUUCUUCUGCUGAUAAUACUUCAGCUGAAAUGGACCAAAGCAGCAAUCUGAAAUGGGCCCUGAUAGGUGGAGCUGUUGGAUUGGCUAUUGGUGUUAGUGUUGUUUUCUGUAUAUAUAAGGUGUCAGUAAAGAAAAGGCAACGAGACAUUGAGUCGAGCGGUGGUCAGUCAGAGUCUCUUCUUUCCACCGAGAAUCCUGCAGAAAGGGAAAAUAGACGAACUGAGACAACCAAUGGGAACUCUGACCUUCAGAGGGAAAACAAACAGUUACAUGACACACUGAAUGCAGUAAAACAUGAACUGGAGAACCAGAAAGAUCAGCUGAACCAGAAACUCCAAGAUGUUGAGACUAAGAGGAAGAAAAACAAAGAGGAAGUUCAGAUUGUGGAGAAAAAAAUAAGGAGAGAGUCAAUGCAGUCCAUGGACCUAAACGCUGAGGCAGCAAGUGAUGGAGAGCAGCCGCACGAAACCACGAAUGAAGUGGAACAGGAAAGUGAAAACCUGACUGAACACUUCACUGAAACUGGAAAGGAGAAAACCGAUGAGAACAAACAGUGUCUUGACUUGCUGAACGCAGUAAAACAUGAAGAGAACCAGAAGGACCAGCUGGACCAGAAACUCCAAGACGUUCAGACUAAGAGGAAGGAAAACAAAGAGGAAGUUCAGAUGGAGGAGGAAAAAAUAACUGAGAAGAAAAGCUCUGAUUACAUGGAGCAGCUAUUAAAAGAAAAAGGAAAGCUGUUACAGUCCCAGUGGAAUCUGGAUGAGGAGAAGAAACAUUAUGAAAGACAGAUACUGAACAUCGAGAAGGCUUUGGAACCUAUAGAGAUGUACAUGAUGAAAACAGAAGUAAAAUGAGGAGGUUUAGAAAAAUAAAAGAAAAUGUAUCUUAAACAGAACAAAGUACUAAAGAAACACAUGUGGAACCAAAUCAGCAAGAUUUGAUUCCACAUGUGUUGUGGAAUCAAAUACAUGUCUUUGACUAAAGCUAUACUUUAGUCAAAGUACAGCUUUGAAUCUGUACUUUGACUCCCACUGUUCACUACUAAAGUCCUUUUUGUUAUCACUUUACAGAUUCCAGAUUUAAUUCUAGAGAAGAGAUAACAACAACACUGCAGUAUUUAAACGGGGGAUCCAGCUGAUUGUUCAGUUCAUUUUGAUUGUUUUUUUAUAAAAUAUAUGUCAUGGUUAAACAUUAAUCAAGUUUGUAAAUCGAAUGUACAUUUCUAAAACUUACAGAUAUCACCAUCGCAGGGACAUUUAAGAUUCGAUUACAACAACAUUUUGUAUUAGGCUAAAAAAAAGUUCUUUAACAUGUCAGAUGCAUAUUAAGCUGUUUUGUAAUAUGUGAUUUUUUAAAAGUUUUUAACAUUGAAAUAUUUUCAGUGUUCCUGAUGUUCUCUCUUUUAAAUACAUGUCAUAUUUUGUGGGAAGUUAGAUUUUAUUCCUAGAAAUUUUGUCCUGAUAUUUAAUUACUGAAAUACUGUGUUUAUUGCCUUAAAUAGUUAGGAAUUCAGAAAAAGUUGCACAUCAUGAUUUUGAUUAAGGAGACAGAAAAUGUAUGAGAGGUCAAUGAAUAAUGAAUAUUGUAUCAAAAACAACUUUUUAUGAAAGUUCUGGAAUUUUUUUAUAAAACUCUUCCAAAUCAAA